ACGAGCGUCGAUUGUUUUGCUUGAGUGGUGGAGGCUAGAACUCGGUUGAAGAUGUGGAGUUUACGUGGAGCAUUCAGUGUCCGUCCAAAAAUUAAUUUCAAGGCUUUUUCGAGGUUCGCUGCUCGGGAAGUGUCGUCUAGGCCCGCUCCCUGUGUGGGGAGUAAUGUUGAGGUUCCUGAAGGAGUGAUGGACUCGACGUACUUGAAAAAUGACAUGAAAUUGGUAUGUGAGUACAAAGCAGACUCCUGUUUCACUGCUGUGGGGUGUUUUCUUCCGGCUGGGGCGAUUCAUGAAUAUCCGAAGGAGAGAGGGGCUGCUUUAUUCAUGGAGCAUUUGCUGUUUCGAAGAACAAGAUGUAAAAACCCCGAAGAUAUUGAAGAAGAUCUGGGGAAACUAGGAGCUAAGCUAUCAGCAACUGCCACGAGGGAUAUUUUCCUCUUCUAUGGGACAGUCCCUUCAUGGGACUUUGAGCGAUUGAUGGGGCUGUUGGCGGAAAUAAUUCUGGACGGAAUCAUAUGCGAAGAGGAUGUUGAGAGGGAGAAGGGAGUUAUCCUCAGGCGUUUGCAGGAGAUGGAGGGGAAUUUCGAGGGAAUGACGAUGGAUUAUCUUCCAACUGUUGCGUAUCAGGGGACGAACCUGGGGAGGAGUAUUUACCCGGACACGUGUGUCAUCGAAAAUAUGACAGCAGACACAAUCAACUCCUUCAGAAACCGUCUCUUCAGGCCCCACAACAUGACGAUGAUCAGCACUGGUGGCACAUCCUUCGAGGACCUCCAAUGCAUCACUGAGAGAUACUUUGAGACUGAAGAGCCUGACCCCUGCAAGCCGCCUAAACAAAUCGACCAGGAGGUGUACCCAGCAUCCCUAUCCUUCCGAUACACAGGCUCCGAGAUGAGGUACAGGGAUGACGACCAGGAGUUGGGGUACGUAGCAAUGGCUGUGGAAGGGCCAGGACAUGGGGACUGCGAUGAUCACUGCGCCAUGACUGUUGCCAAGGACUUCGUGGGACAGUGGAGUCUCGCUGAUGGAGGCUACAAAAAUAAUGCUCCAUACCUGGCACAAUGUGCCUUCGGCACAGACAUGUGUCACCUCUACAAAUCCUUCAAUAUCGGAUGGCAUUGCACCGGACUGUGGGGAUGUUACUUCGUGUGCGAGAGAAUGCAAUUGGAGGACAUGACCUUCAUGGUCCAGAAGGAGUGGAUGCGCCUGUGCACCUCCAUAACAAGUAAAGAAGUAGCCAGAGCAGUGAAUCAAUGUAAAAUGCGGGAAUUGAUGAGUGUGAAAACCCCAGAAGACAGAUUCCUCGACAUUGCGAUGUGCAUUUACCAUCGAGGGGCUUAUCAAACGUUCAACGAGAGACUUUUACGUUUCGAUGGAGUGUCUGCAGACGUAUUGAGACGAGCAGCUGACAAAUACAUCUACGAUCAGUGCCCAGUGGUCGUGGCACUUGGGAGGAUCGAGAAUCUUCCUGAUUACAAUUUCAUCAGGUCUUACAUGUACCAACUGAGACGUUAAACAGAAAAAAAAAUAAGUUUGGUGAAUAAUAAAGAUCAUCGACUUUUUCUAGGGUUUAAGACACUUCGCCAUUAAAAAUAAAAUAAAAAAUCCCAAUCAC